UCAAGACAUCCUCCAUUCUAUCCUUUACUAUAUCGUUCUCGAGAUCAUCAAACAGAAACAUUAAUCACAGCCAUAGAUCAAUACCAAUAACUCCAGAAGAAAUAUCACAGACACGACGUCUUGAACAUCACAAAGUCAUCAUGAUUGCCUCCAAGCCCGUCGUUCUCUACGGCCACAGUUACACCCCCAACCCGUCAAAGGUGGUCAUGAUUCUCGAGGAGCUCAGUAUCCCAUACGAACAUAUCAUCAUCGACCUCGCCGUCGUAAAGGAAGAACCCUACCUCUCCAUCAACCCAAAUGGUCGCCUUCCGGCCAUCAAGGACCCCAACACGGGCAUCACGCUCUGGGAGUCCGGCGCCAUUGUCGAGUACCUGGUCGAGACGUACGACGACGCCGGCGCGCUAUCCCUCGCGUCGAGAGGGGAUCGGUUCCUUUUGAAGCAGUGGUUGCAUUUCCAGGUGUCUGGCCAGGGCCCGUACUUUGGCCAGCUCGGCUGGUUCAAGCUCUUUCACCCCGAAGACGUCCCCAGCGCAAAGGAGAGGUACGAGGAGCAGACCGUCCGCGUCCUUUCCGUCCUCGACCGCGCUCUCAAAGGGAAAGAAUAUCUCGUCGGAGACAAAGCGACCUACGCCGAUAUCUCCUUCAUGCCGUGGGACUACCUCGCCAGGAAACUCAUCGGCGAAGGGUGGAACGAUAAGUGGGAGGUCGACACAAAGUAUCCCGACUACGCUGCCUGGGCUGAGAGGAUCCGCGCCCGGCCUGUGGUCAAGAACGUGUUGGAGACUAUGGGAAAACAGAGGGCUGCUGAGGAGGAGCAGGCUAAAACUCAGGAGUGAGUGACGGGGAGUCGAGCCAGGCCAGAGUCGAUUGAGUUGGCUACAUGUUCGUAUGGCGGUUGUCACAUAGGGAGUCAACGUAAGAGUCAGUGUAGGGAGUCGAUAAUUAUUGUCUCUCCAGCAGAGGAAACUCCGUGUGAUAU